CGAUGCUCCGGGCGAUCCCAGAUCCCCGGCUCCGGGUGGCGCGGGGCAGUAGCAGCCAAGCGCUGGGCGCGAGGAUUCCUCCCGUUGGUCUGUCCGUCUAUCCUACCAGCGCGGGCGCAGUUGGCUCGGGAUCCAGGAGGCGGCAGUUGGGGCGGCGCCGGCCCGGGACUCGGCAGGGACCCUGGUUCCCUGGAGGGAGUGGAGGUGGAGGUGGUAGAGGUGGUGGCGGCAGUGGUGGUGGAGGAGGAAGAGGAGGAGGAGAAGGAGGAGGAAGGGGAGGAGGAGAAGCUUGAAGAGGAGGUGGAGAAAGAGGAGAAAGAGGAAGAGGAGGAGGAAGAGUAGAGGAAAUCAGAGGAAGAGGAGGAGGCGAAAGAGGAGAGGCCGCAGCUGGCGCCGCGGGAACGAGUGAGCUGGGAGCGCGGGACUAGGGCGCGGAGAGGUCGGGAGGGAGGCUGGAGGCUCGGCCCGGGCGGCGGCGCCGACUCCGUUCCACUCUGGGCCCGGAUCCAGGCCUCCGGGUUCCCAGGCGCUCGCCUCCCUCUGACGCACUUUAAAGAGUCUCCCCCCUUCCACCUCGGGGCGAGUAAUAGCGACCAAUCAUCAAGCCAUUUACCAGGCUUCGGAGGAAGCUGUUUAUGUGAUCCCCGCACUAAUUAGGCUCAUGAACUAACAAAUCGUUUGCACAACUUGUGAAGAAGCGAACACUUCCAUGGAUUGUCCUUGGAUUUAGGGCGCCCUGCCCGCCUUUUGCAGAGCACAGAAAACUUUUUUUUCCUCUUGCCUCCCCCAAGAAACUUUACCCCCCCUUCUCUGCCUCUAACUCCGAUCCCCCACGCCAUCUCGCCAAAAAAAAAAAAAAAAAAAAACCCACCCCAAUCCACGCCUGCAAAUUCUUCUGGAAGGAUUUUUCCCCCCUCUCUCCAGGUUGGGCGCGUUUGGUGCAAGAUUCUCGGGCUCCUCGGCGUUGCCUCUCCCUCCCCUCCCCCUCCUUUCCUUUUUCCUUUCCUUUCUUUCUUCCUUUCCUCCCCCCACCCCACCCCCAAACAAACGAGUCCCCAAUUCUCGCCGGUCCUCGCCGCGGGCAGCGGGCGGCGGAGGCAGCGCGCCGCGGUCGCCGGGAGCUGGAAGCCCGGGGCGCCGGCUCCUCGGCGCAGCAUGUUCCAGCCGGCGCCCAAGCGCUGCUUCACCAUCGAAUCGCUGGUGGCCAAGGACAGUCCCCUGCCCGCCUCGCGAUCGGAGGACCCCAUUCGUCCCGCGGCGCUCAGCUACGCCAACUCCAGCCCCAUAAAUCCGUUCCUCAACGGCUUCCACUCGGCCGCCGCCGCCGCCGGCAGGGGCGUCUACUCCAACCCGGACUUGGUGUUCGCCGAAGCGGUCUCGCACCCACCCAACCCCGCCGUGCCGGUGCACCCGGUGCCACCGCCGCACGCCCUGGCCGCCCACCCCCUGCCCUCCUCGCACUCGCCACACCCCCUGUUCGCCUCGCAGCAGCGGGACCCGUCCACCUUCUACCCCUGGCUCAUCCACCGCUACCGAUAUCUGGGUCACCGCUUCCAAGGGAACGACACUAGCCCUGAAAGCUUCCUCUUGCACAACGCGCUAGCCCGAAAGCCGAAGAGGAUCCGAACCGCCUUCUCCCCAUCCCAGCUUCUAAGGCUGGAACACGCCUUCGAGAAGAAUCACUACGUGGUGGGCGCCGAAAGGAAGCAGCUGGCGCACAGCCUCAGCCUCACGGAAACUCAGGUCAAAGUAUGGUUUCAGAAUCGGAGGACGAAGUUCAAAAGGCAGAAACUGGAGGAAGAAGGCUCAGAUUCUCAGCAAAAGAAAAAAGGGACACACCACAUUAACCGGUGGAGGAUCGCCACCAAGCAGGCGAGUCCGGAGGAAAUAGACGUGACCUCGGACGAUUGAAAACCCAAACCAAACCCCACGGAAAUGGACGAGAGGGAAUGGAGGGGAAGAACGAAAACCCUACAAGACAAAACAAAACAAAACAAAAAACAAACCACACACACAUUCAUCGGGAAAGGGAGAGGGGCUGGACAAGCACCCAGGCACUUCGCAGACUCCGGACCUGGAGGUCGUGGGUCCCUAAUCCUCCACGAAGCUGUGCAGAGAUGGCAGAGGAUGGAGUGUCCUUCAUCAACGUGCGACCCUCGUCUAAAGAGGCAGCUGAGUGAGUGAGUGAGUGAGAGAGACAGACAGAGAGACAGGGGUGGGUAGGGGGGUGGAAGAGAGAGAAAGAGAGAGAUCUGAAUGUGGCAAAGCUGAAUGCUCUGACUCGGGGUAGCUGUCAGUCAAAUGCCAAACCAGUGAGACAAGAUGAUUGGCAGGUAUUCCGUUUAUUGCAGUCCACUUAAAAAAAUGACGAUAGUAAUGGUAAAAGCAAACAAACAACCCAGCCAGGCACAGGACUUUUUGUUUUGCACUUGGCAGUGUUGUCUCCCCAAUUU